AUAAACACAAAUUAUCUUCCUUACAUCCGUUUGGAAGCAAUCAACUUCAGUUUUAUGUUCAUUCAACAUACCCACGAAUACGUAAGAUCCUCGAGUGGUUUUUUUCGACUGGACAAUAAUUUAAGCAAACAUGAGUCCAUUUCACAUUACAUGGAUAUGGAUAUUACUUUUCACCACCGGUUGCAUUAGUCAAAGUAAACCCUCAAAUCUCACUUUAAAUACCGAUUCUGAAAAUUUGACUCGAAGUCAAACGCAUUGGUCAACUCAUGAAAUAAAACAUAUCUGGGCUAUUAAACAAUUCAGUCUACAUGAGAAAUUCAACACUAGUUACAUUUUAUCUCCCGUGUUACACGCGUCCACAACUGACAAAUAUGAAUGGUAUGCUGAAUUUAAACCCAAUGAAAUUGAUAAUGGAUAUAAAUCAAUUGCUCUGUUUAUAUUCCUAUCCAAUGGCAGUACGGUAAGAGAGGUAACGGCGGAAUGCAACGUUUCAAUCAUAAAUGAAAAAAAAGAAGUUCUACAUUCCAAACCCUUUGAAAUGUUAACAAAGAAGUACAAAGCUGCAGUAGCUGGCGGUGGUUGGGGCUGGCCAGCCUUUCUCCAGAGAAAUGAUUUUUUCAGAAAUCAAAUACUCCAAAACGACACAUUAACACUACUUAUUUGCAUAAGAUGGAUUUCUGAAUUGUCUAACGACGACACUCCUCAUCAACUUGAAAUCUCUUCGUCUAGUCGUCCCAAACCUGAAACAACCACUACGAAAAGUAAUCUUCCUGAAAACUUGGAAUCGAUGCUUGAAAAUCCCAACUUCGCAGACGUCGUAUUCAUAACGAAUGGCAGCAAUUAUCCAGCACAUAAGAAUAUUUUGGCCGCACGUAGUCCGGUUUUCGCUGCCAUGUUUCGACAAAAAGAUUCGAAAAACGGAAAAUUGAAAAAAAUUCGAAUAAAUGUAACACCCAUGAACGAGAAAGUAUUACGUGCGAUGCUGCGAUACAUUUAUACAGAAAAGUGCGAAGAGUUGGGAGACCUAACAGGUAGAUUAUUUGAAGCUGCUGUUAAAUAUGGUUUGGAAGGAUUGAGAGAAAUUUGCGAGCAAUUACUUUGCGAGAAUUUGACGGAAGAAAACGCAGACGACAUGUUUGUAUUCGCCAAGAAACAUCAUGCAAACGAAUUGAAAUCAAAAGUCAUCGAAUUUUUAUCGAGCAGAUCUGCUCACAAGUUGAAUAAAAUCCGCUAGCUUCCUCAUAUACGUACUCAGCUACAAAAUGAAACAGUGUCGAUGUGAAGAAACUAUUUUGAUACCUAGUAAUUUUGGUUCUUCCAUCGAAAUUCUUCAAUUUUUAUGUAAUCAAUUAUCAUAGUACCUAAGUGGUUAAUAUUUGAUCAUAAGAAAGUACUUAUAUGAAUGUACCUCCUGUACUUUCAUGCUCUGUUCGUAGAAUUUCAAUAAGAUACCCAAUAAACAUAAAAUCCCUCGUUAUGACCAUAUAGUGACUAAUGACUUCUUUCGAUAAUUUAUUUCAAUUACUCUUACAACAAAGUUCGUUUAAUCACCUCGUACAAUUCGAGAAUCACAGACUAAGAAACUUGGGAAAAACAAGCC